CUGCAGCCUUCCUCAUCUGGACACGCUUCCCAACACGAUCUGACUUCAACGUUUGCGUUUCCGCCGCGCACAAACACUUUACACAAGGGGUUUUGCGCGCUGUUUGUGCGUCAGGCUGAAUUUGGCUUUCUCUCGAUAGUAAGUAAGAGAUUCUUGAAGCCAAGUUUACUGGCGCUUCUCUCUCUCUUUCUCUCUCUCACACUCUCUUCUCAGACUUUGACAUCACCGUAGUAAGACAGAGCCGAGUUUCAUACAUUCGGUUGACGUGUGGCCGCUGCCACGCUAGAUUGUGUUCAGGGGAAAUUACGCAUGGGCAUUUCUAGUAGGAAAGAUGCGAGAAGAAAGUGGAGCGCAGCAGCAGCCGGCACUGCAAUCAAUGGGAUUCAUUCUAUGAAAAGUUAAUAAUUUUACACUCUGCUCUGUCACGUUGUUUGUUGUUUUAUUUUAUUGGCAAAUAAAUAACAGGAAAUCACCUGGGACCGUGCUGGUUCAUUGCGCGAUGGCACAUGACCGCGUUGACGGUGACAUGAGUCACAAGGAAUCAAAUAGUGUAAUUUAACAGAGACUGGUGAUGGAGUGACACAUGCCGGGCUGUAUUUUUGUCCAACACUGAUCUGACGCCUAGACGAGACGACUGGAAGAAGCCAUAAGGCGCACAGCUUCAUACUGAAGUGUUUAAGUUAGUCUGAGGGGAAAUUUAAAAGACCUAAAAAUACAGCGUUGGUUUCUUCCCCUACAAAGACUCAUUUGAACUUCCCACCGCAGAGCGAGAGCGACAUAAAUAGUUCUGACAUGUGGAUGUAAUUUCAGAAGAGGAAAAAAGACAGAUGCAGAGGAAUACAGAGAGCGCGCUGAGCCUGGGCAUAUAGUAGAUUAUAGGAAAUUAAACCGAAGGCAGAGCGAGGCGAUUACAGAGUUAUGAUUUCACAAGCCGCCAUUAGCAGUGAGCGGUCAGAUGGAGUGAGAAAACACAACUAUCUCUACUUCGAGGAGAGUUAAACACGAAUCAGAUAGUUGCAUCUGAGCAUCACCGGCGUCUGCAAGGACUCUUGGAGGUAGAGUUGCCUCAGGUCAGGGAUGGGAUCCGCUCUGCUGCUCCACAACCUGGACUUUCUUCUCAUCUCACUCCUCAGCUGUUUUUGUCUGGUUUACGCAGAUGACGUGCUCACCAAAGAGGAACAGAUCGGCCUGUUGUUCAAAGCCAAACAGAAGUGCGAGGGUUCCAUUAAGUCAAAGCACAAGGUCCCUGAUGGUUUCUGCUCACCAGAAUGGGAUGGCAUUGUGUGUUGGCCAGAAGGGCCUCCGGGAAAGCUCGUAUCCACCGCCUGUCCAGAGUAUAUCUAUGACUUCAACCACAGAGGACUCGCUUAUCGUCGUUGUGACAACAAUGGAACAUGGGAGCUGGCCUCAAUCAACAAGACAUGGGCCAAUUAUAACGAAUGUGCAAAAUUCCUCUACCAUUACAACCACAGCCAUGAAAAGGAGGUGUUUCACCGUCUGUAUCUCAUCUACACAGUGGGGUACUCCAUUUCUCUAGGAUCACUCAUGGUGGCUGUGAUCAUCUUGGGAUAUUUCCGACGACUACACUGUACCAGGAACUACAUCCACAUGCACCUAUUUGUGUCCUACAUGCUCAGAGCUGUCAGUAUUUUCGUGAAGGACAUUGUUCUUUACUCUGGAUCAUCCUUGGAGAACAUGGAAAGGGUCACAGUGGAAGACCUUAAGUCCAUCACCGAGACACCGCCAGCCAACAAAACGCAAUUUAUUGGCUGCAAGGUGGUUGUGACCUUGUUCAUGUACUUUCUGGCAACCAAUUACUACUGGAUCCUUGUUGAGGGUCUGUACCUCCACAGCCUCAUUUUUAUGACCUUCUUCUCAGACAGAAAGUAUCUGUGGGGAUUCACACUGAUUGGCUGGGGAGUACCAGCCAUGUUUGUGACAGUCUGGGCAACUGUGAGAGCCACGUUUGCAGAUACGGAGUGUUGGGACUUAAGUGCGGGCAAUUUGAAAUGGAUUUAUCAAGUGCCUAUCCUGGCAGCUGUGGUGGUUAAUUUUAUGUUAUUUCUGAACAUCAUCAGAGUGUUGGCAACGAAACUGCGAGAAACAAAUGCGGGAAGGUGUGACACAAGACAACAGUACAGGAAACUGUUGAAGUCCACACUGGUGCUGAUGCCACUGUUUGGUGUCCACUACAUCAUUUUCAAUGCCAUGCCUUACACAGAAGUGUCUGGAGUUCCCUGGCUGAUCCAGAUGCAUUAUGAGAUGCUGUUUAAUUCCUUCCAGGGUUUUCUAGUUGCAAUUAUAUACUGUUUUUGCAACGGAGAGGUACAAGCUGAGAUCAAAAAGUCCUGGAGCAGGAGGACCCUGGCACUGGACUUCAAAAGAAAAGCCCGGAGUGGCAGUAACACUUACAGCUAUGGACCUAUGGUAUCACACACCAGUGUUACCAACGUCACUGCCAGAGGACCGCUGGCUCUCCACCUCACAACGAGGCUGGGACCGGUGCCUGUGAACGGACACAGGAACCUGCCCGGGUACGUGAAGAAUGGCUCAGUGUCAGAAAACUCUAUACCAUCGUCGGGGCAGGAGCUCCACAUUCCCGAAGAGGAGCAUUCUUCUCACAUGAGGCCCUGCGAGAAGGAGAAACCCUCACCGGUGGUCGAGGAGGAGAGGGAGACGGUCAUGUGACCUCCAGGCCGCCGCUGUGUGUGUACAGAUAAAAACUGGCUCAACAAAUAAUAACAGUCUCAGGAUGGUCUGAAUUCAUCAACACUGCCAGUUUUAUUUUCCUCCUGUGAAUCAAGCAAAAAGAAAACAUGACAGACUGCUGAGGCUCAAAGCAGAGGAGGGUGUGUCAGUUUUGAGAGCUGUGACACCUUUUUAUUCUUUUUCCAAGGAAAAAUGACCUUCAGUUUUGUGGCAAAUACUCUCUGCGCUUUCAACCACCACCUGCCACAGUGAAUGUGUUUAAGGCUGGACAACAGAAACUGCCCUUUUUCAUUUUCAUUUUUUUUUUGCUGCCAUAACUGUUUGUUCUGUCUCGUCCUCAAACGUCUUGUGCUCGACUUUUGUGCAUAAAUCAAAGGUUGCAGUCGUUGAUCCAGGAACAGCCUUAAUGACCACCGCCUGUGUGAGGUCCGUUGGAUUUUGUGUGCAUUCAGUGACGCAUUUGUGAGGCUCAGUAGCGUCGGUGCAUUUUCAGAUCAAGUUGUUGUAUAGACGCAGCUAUUUUGUGGCAUCUGUUCAUGGUAUGUCCUUUGUUUUUCAUCUAAUUACUGUAUAUCCACUUCAGUGUUAAAGGUAAGGUACUCAGGUAAUGGAAGUCCUCUGUUGUUGCACACCUAUUUUUAUUCAUUUAUAACAUUGUUUUAGCCCGUUCAGCAUUUGUAUUGAGAAUAAGUUAAUGUAAAGCUGGAUCAACUAGUCUUGUUUUCACAGAGUUGUAUGCUCUCUGCUGUAGAAAGACCCAGUACUCGUCUCCUUUCCAAUUACUACACACAUGCCGAAGAGUUCAAAUGAAUGUUUCAUCUUCAAAUUUUCUCCUCCCCAAAAAUAGUAACACACACAAACACCCACACAACACACAACACGAUGCCUAAGUAAGAAUAUUUCUUUGAAGACUGUCACUGUCUUUGUGUUCAGAGUGAGCCGAGGAGAAGAGGGACAUUUUGGAAAUCUGACAGGAAUAUCAUGUGUUCUUGUAUUAUUUUUCAAAAGAAGAGAGAGAAAAAAACACAGCAUGCAGGAAAUGGUCAAAUAUUCAAGUGGAAUGUUAAUUAAAUGAGGAAUCCCAAAUUCUCUUGGAAUUCCAAGAUGGACAAUUGUGGCGGAUAUGAAGGAAAAGCCAGACAUGAAUAACACACAGUAACUUUUAUA